AUGAAGUCGAUCUUGUUCCUUUUCCUAUUCCUAAUCAAUUAUAUUCUUACUCUUGAUCAAGAACAUUUUCAUGAUUACUGUAUCAUAGGAGCUGGUCCUGCAGGUAUACAGUUAGCUUAUUUUCUUCACAAAGCUAAACGAGACUAUAUUGCGUACGAAAGAUCCUCUCAAGCAGGUUCAUUUUUUAUCAACUAUCCUCGACAUCGUCAAUUGAUUAGUAUUAAUAAACGUAAUACGGGAGAAAAAAAUCGAAAAUUUAAUUUAAGACACGAUUGGAAUUCUCUACUAUCCAAUGAUGAUCAUUUACGAUUUACGCAUCGUUCAAAGAAACUUUUCCCAUCAGCAGAUCUUAUGGUUAAUUAUUUGAAUGAUUUUUAUCGUCACCAUAAUCUUCAUAUUCAACUUAAUAUAACCAUAAAAAAUUUAAAACCAAUAUCAGAACAAACAACAACAUGUAGUUCAAAAGAUUGUUCAUUUUUAUCAACUGCUCGCUUUCGAAUGAAUGAUCAAUAUGAUAAUUCAUAUACUUGUGGAAUUGUCAUUGUUGCUACUGGCCUUUCUAUUCCUAACAUUCCACCGAUCGAUGGUAUUGAUUUAGCCGUUGGAUAUGAAAAUGUAUCACUUGUUACUGAAGAAUUCGAAAAUAAAUCCGUUUUAAUAUUAGGUAGAGGAAAUGCAGCGUUCGAAGUUGCUCAACAUAUUUAUGAUGCUACUAAUUAUAUUCAUAUGAUAUCUCGAUCACGUGUACGCAAUGCUUAUGCAACGCAUUAUGUUGGAGAUUUGAGAGCUAUUAAUAAUCAAUUACUUGAUACAUAUCAAUUGAAAUCACUUGAUGCUCUUGUUGAAAUUGAUUUAAUGGAACAUGAAUUACUUCAAAAUCCGGUUGAUGGUCGCAUUCAAAUUAAAUAUAAAAUAUCUGAUACGGAUAUAAAUAUUCACGAACGACAAGAAGCAGUAGCUUAUGAUAAAGUUAUUCGAUGUUUAGGAUUCAAAUUUGAUGAUUCUAUUUGGCAUCCGGAUGUCAAAAUAGAAAAAAAUCUUGGUCGAACAAAUAAAUAUCCAAAAAUUCAGUUUGAUUAUCAAUCGUUUGAUUACGAUCAUUUAUAUUUUACUGGUACAUUAAUGCAUUCAAUUGACUUUCGAAAAUCAUCUGGUGGCUUUAUACAUGGUUUUCGUUAUCUAACGCAAACACUUUAUCGAAUAUUUGAAUAUCGUUAUCACGAAAAUAAAUGGCCAUCAAUCACAUUUUCAUGGUAUUCAUUAACAAAUUAUUUAAUUAAAAGAAUGAACGAAGCUGAUGGAAUCUAUCAAAUGUUUGGACAACUUGUCGAUGUUAUAUUAAUUGAUAGAAUAAAUCGUCAGUGUCGAUUCAUUGAAGAAUAUCCAGCACGAUUACUUCCACGUUUAGAAGAAAUAGCAGGUUACAGAUCUGAAAACUUACUGAUACUGAAUAUGCAAUAUGGAAUGAAUUAUUCUGGAGCCGGUCGUGAUGUAUUUGCAUUUGAUCGUGUUUCUGCUUCAGUAGAUACAGCUGAUAGAUCUAAUUUUCUUCAUCCUGUUCUUUAUUAUUAUGAUUCUUCAUUGGAAGAAAUAGAUUUUGAAAAUGUUAAAGCUGGCUUUUUACCUUUGACAUCAUCAACCCGUAUACAUCAUAUUAUUGAAAAUGUUCUUACAUCAUGGAUGGAACCAACAGAACAUAUAUUACCAUUAAGAAUUUUUCUUGAAAAUAUUCUCCAUGUUAAUUUACAACAGCAAACAGUCAUAUCUUAUGCAAGAAAAAAAAUGCUUCAACAAAAACUAAACAUUUCAGUUCGAGUUUAUUCAGAAAUGUAA